UACUGCACAAGGCCAGCUGCAUAAGCCAAGCUCGCGCCGUCGCCAGCACAGCGCUCAUGCGAUCUUCCCAGGAAGCUACCGGGCUCGUUAGCGCUGGGCCCUGGCGUGUGCUGCAAUUUGACCUGACCAGUUAGAGUUGGGAUGGCUAGCUAAUCUUCAAACCUUUUGCCGCCUGGUCUCAACCACUCGCAUAUCAUAUCCCAAACUAUGGAAAAACUGGUGCAGUGAUUCGUCAACACGCGGCUGCAAGAACGCGUCACCUUGCAACAUAAAAGGCUCGAGGCAGAGUAGCCAGCCUAGCAAGAAUUUCAUCGACACGGGAUCAGGUAUUCAGGUCGAAGUAGUGAUCGAGCUCGGAGACGCCACAGCCGAUCGGCCGGCCGCCGCCCCCAUGGCCGGCGGGAGGAAGCGGGAGUGGCUGCGGAAGAAGAUGAGGAUGGCGGCCCCGACCGGGGGGCGCGGGCAGCAGCAGUCGCCGUCGCCGCGGUGGACGCUGCGCGUCCGGGCGCUGUCCGCCGCGCUGCGCCGGCGGAGGCUCGGGGCUGGCGGCCUCCCGCGCGUCGACUUCCUCCAGAUCCUGUACGAGAACGUCGUCUUCUACCUGCUGUGGGUGAUCGAGUCCGUCAUCGUCCUCGCCAAGCUCUGCUUCUUCUUCCUGCGCUUCGGCUUCCGCUUGUGACAAGCCUGGACGGCUGGACCAAGAUCUGGCCAGCGCUUCGGCAUCUUCCUGCGUGCCCUCAAUGAUGUAGCUCUCCCUUCUCUUUUUAAUCUGCCAUGCGUGCAAUCGAACAUGUAAAUACGCAAAAAGUAAAACGAUUUGUCGCCUGGUCUCCAUAUCUUUUUUUUUCUUUCCAUGAAUACCAACAUUGUGAAUGACCUGUUCAAACAACUAUGGAUCCAAGGAAUUCAUCCCAAGAUUCACAGAUAAUAAAGGCUGCUGACACGGCAAUGGAU